AUGCUGCUCUUGGAUUAUCAGAAUGUUUUGAUUCAAUCGCUCCUCACGGAGCGGUUUUCUGGAGCUCCCCCAGCCUCGAUUGACCAAGUGGCCUCUGACUUUGACGGAGUGACCUUCCACGUUUCCACCCCCGAGUCCAAAACUAAGAUCUUGCUUUCGAUCCACGUGAAAUGCUUCAAGGAGCUCGUUCAGUAUGGCGCCCAGGAGGUGCUUGAGCGGGAAUACGGUCCCUACAUUGUGUCCCCCGAGCCAGGCUAUGAUUUCUCUGUACAGGUUGAUCUCGAAAACUUGCCUGCUGAGCAGGAGGCUCGGGAUGAAUUGAUCAUGAAGCUCGCCCUGCUGAAGCGCAAUGCCAUGGCGGCCCCAUUUGAGAGAGCAUUUGAUGAAUUCAACAAGCUUGCGGAAGAGGCUUCACGUUACACUUCGGAGUCAGCGCCACAAGGUAUGAAGGAGGGUGGCGAGGUGAUGGCCAUCCAUUACCGUGAGGAGGAGGCUAUCUACAUUAAAGCGAGCUUUGACCGGGUGACUGUAAUCUUCAGCACUGUGUUCCGGGAGGAGACAGAUCGCAUCUUUGGCAAGGUCUUUUUGCAGGAAUUUGUGGAUGCCAGACGUCGUGUUGUGACUCUCCAGAAUGCUCCCCAAGUGCUGUUCCGCAACGAUGCUCCAUUGGAGUUGCAGGGUGUUCCUGGUCUGGCCGGUGCAGGCGAGGGUGAAAUUAGCUAUGUUACUUUUGUUCUGUUCCCCCGACACUUGACCCCCCAGCGCCGCUACGACAACAUUUCCCAUAUCCAGACCUUCCGUGACUACUUCCAUUACCACAUCAAGGCUUCGAAGGCGUACAUUCACACCCGUAUGCGCAAGCGCACAGCGGACUUCCUGCAAGUUCUCAACCGAGCCAGACCGGAGAAUGAAGAGCGUGAGCGCAAGACCGCCAGUGGUCGGACAUUCCGUGUGCAAAGUUAA